UUCGCGAUGGGGUUUGACGUGAACCGCUUCCAGGGGGACGUGGACGAAGAGCUCGUCUGUCCGAUAUGCUCUGGCGUGCUUGAAGAUCCAGUCCAGGCACCAGUGUGUGAACAUGCCUUUUGUCGCACCUGUAUCAACGAAUGGAUAAAUCGUCAGCCUACGUGUCCCUUGGAUCGAACGCCCAUCACAUCUACUCAGCUUAGAGCAGUUCCCAGAAUCUUGAGAAAUCUGUUGGCCCGCUUGUGUAUCAAAUGUGACAACAUUAUGUAUGGCUGUAACAUGGUCGUCAAGUUGGAUUGCCUGGCGAUGCAUCUUGAGCAGUGUGAGUACAAUCCGAAGAGACCAAUGCAGUGUGAGCAGGGUUGCAGCUUGAUCAUUCCCAAGAACGAGCUCAAGGAUCAUAACUGCGUGCGCGAGCUCCGUAAUCUCAUACAGUCUCAGCAGCAAAAACUAGGCGAUAUGAAGCGUGAACUCGACGAGCAGCAGCUGCAAAUCAAUGAACACAAACGUGAGAUCCAUCUACUGAAAGACUUUAUGCGCGCGCUGAGAGUAUCGAAUCCGGCGAUGCGUGCGAUCGCUGACCAGAUGGAACGGGACGAUGUUGUCAGAUGGUCUGCGUCUCUGCCCCGCGCUAGAGUUACCAGAUGGGGUGGUAUGAUCUCCACGCCUGAUGAAUUGUUGCAGACAAUGAUCAAGAGAACUCUGUCGGAAUAUAAUUGUCCACCUCAUGUGAUCGACGAACUGAUGGAAAACUGCCACGAGAGGAAAUGGCCACCAGGUCUUAAUUCUCUGGAGACUAGACAAAAUUCUCGACGACAAUACGACAAUUACGUGUGCAAAAGAGUGCCUGGAAAACAAGCGGUGUUGGUCCUUCACUGUGAUAACAUGCACAUGCCGGAGGAUAUGAUGGUUGAACCUGGAUUAGUGAUGAUCUUUGCACAUGGCAUCGAGUAGAAUUGUUCGACAGCGUAUAUGAAUACGAUUAAUUGAACACAAUCGCGGA